AUGGCAUCAACGAGUGCUGGCUCUGACACUCCAGCACCAGAGAUCAUGGGUGCUGAAGCGAGACCGCAUGGGAAAUCUUGGAUGUAUAAAACCUUCAAGAUUGGCCCCGUCACUAUUCCCGCAUAUGCAACGCCGCAGUUCCAGGUUGUCUUUGUUGCCCUGGUCUGUUUCUUGUGUCCCGGCAUGUUCAACGCUGUCAACGGCUUGGGUGCGGCCGGCCAAGUCAGUGCGCAUGAUAUCAACAACGCCAACACGGCUGUCUACGCGACCUUCUCGGUCGUCGGCUUCUUCGCGGGCACGAUUGCCAACACCAUCGGUCUCCGUCUGACCCUUGGUCUAGGAGGUUUCGGAUACUGCCUCUACAUUUCCUCGAUCCUCUGCUACAACCAUACCCAGAACGCGGGUUUCCUUAUCUUUGCGGGUGCCCUGCUUGGUGUCUGUGCUGGGCUGCUCUGGACUGCUCAAGGCUCCGUCAUGUUGGCGUACCCUCCGGAGAAAUCCAAGGGCAGAUACAUUGCCGUAUUCUGGGGCAUCUUCAAUCUUGGAGCUGUUAUUGGCGGCUUGAUCCCCCUGGGCCAGAGUAUUCACAACAAGAGCAACAAAGUCGCGGAUGGGACUUACAUUGCCUUCAUCGUUCUGAUGGUAGCUGGUUUCGUUCUGUCAGGCUUCCUCUGCGACCCAAAGCUUGUCGAACGAUCCGACGGAUCUCGCGUCAUCCUGAUGAAGAACCCGACCUGGAAGUCUGAACUGAUUGGUCUCUGGCAAACCCUGUUCAGCGACUGGUAUAUCGUUCUCCUUUUCCCCAUGUUCUUCGCCAGCAACUGGUUCUACACCUACCAUUUUCAAGAUGUCAAUCUGCCAAAGUUCAACAUCCGGACUCGUGCCCUCAACAGCGUCUUGUACUAUUUGUCACAAAUCCUCGGAUCGGCCAUCUUUGGUUUUGCCCUCGACAGUCCCCGUUUCAGCCGCUCGACUCGUGCCAGAGGUGUUAUGGUCGUCCUCUUCGUCCUCACAUUUGUCAUCUGGGGUGGUGGCUACGAUUUCCAGAAACAGUACAACCGCGCUGAAACAACGGCUGAUGAUUAUGUUAAGCUUGAUUGGACCGACUCAGGCUACAUUGGCCCUAUGUUCUUGUUCAUGUUCUACGGCAUGUACGACUCGGUGUGGCAGACCACCACAUACUGGCUCAUGGGAUCCAUUACCAACAACAGUCGUAAGCUUGCCAACUUUACUGGUUUCUACAAAGGCAUCCAGUCUGCCGGUGGCGCCAUCUCGCCCCAGCUCGAUUCAAACAACGUUUCAUUCAUGACCCAGUUCGCCGUCAAUUGGGGUGUGUUGGCCGGCUCGCUCCUGCUUGCCGCUCCUGUCAUCUGGACAAAGGUCAAGGACACCACGGACAUCGAAGAAGACUUGAAGUUUAGCGACGAGACAAUCGCCGAUGUGGCGCCAGCAAGUGCCAUUGUUGGACCUGAAGGUAUGAUGGCCGAGAAGCACUAA